GUCACUAGUCCGGCUAGAAAAUCACGGCCAGACAGAAUACGGCACUCGGCCGGAGAACAUCGAACAUCGGCUGGUGCUAGUUGAGUGCCAGGAAAAGUCUGCAACAUCGGAAACGUUUGAGAGUUUUCCCAAUUUUCCUUCGCCAUCGGAUGGCCUGGCUGAAUACUGGUCACGUUUAUUCUGAAAAAGGGGAGCGCGGCUAAAAGUCAGUGCCAGGAGGCUGGUCAAUCUUCCUCCCGAAACGAUACAACAAAACCGUGAAAAAUUGUGCUCCCGAGCAAGCGAUAAAGGCGAGUGAGUGGAAUGAAAACAUCGGCUUGGGCCUUGAGUCUCGGUCCGUGGAUAGUUGAGUUUGUGAGCGUAGUGCGCUAAAAAUAUAAUCCCUUCCCGUGAUCAGCGUGCGGGUUGGCGACGCGAACGCGGCGUCUGAGAUUCCGUUCCGUGAAAGUGGCAAACAUGGACUUUUGCCGUCUUCGCUAAAACACCUCUUGCCAGCAGCCGGCUAGCCAACCUAACGGGCCAGCGGAUCGACGAUAGAAACGAGGCCAAAGAAAGUCUGCAAGCGGCGGCCGCGUUUCGGUUCAGUGCAGAACCGACGAAUCUUCCGCAUCCUGUCCUGCAGCGCUGAAAGAGAAGGCAAAACCAUCGUGCGGUGUGCGCUGGCACUGUGAAAAGUGUGAUUACAUUUUCCCCCUUUCAAUCGGCGAGAGAGAAAAACGACGUCAACAACCGAUAAAAACGGCUAAACGUGUCACAACAAGAACUGCUGCGGUAGUUGAAUUAAUCUUAGAUUUUGUCCCAUCUUGGCUCACGUGUUAUCAGUGUGUUUGAUAGGAGAGUAAAAACAAAGCCCACAUGAACCGAACUUCCCCUGGCUAGUUUCUCCCGGGCGUCUAGUGGCGGCUAUCAGGCGGUCAACGUGCAGCACGACACGGUGGCCAGGCUAUCAGCAGGCGGUGGUGGAGACGAACGAAGCAACAAGACGUUCGGUCAGCUGCGCCCGUUGUUUCUGUGAUGAUUCCUGCGAUCGACAACGACGCUUUGAAUCGUCUUUAUCGCGACCAGCCGAACAAAGCAACCAAUGAUUUGCGGUUUGUAAACAUCCUGGCAGCACCGGAGACGUUGUCAAGAAAAACGGUGCUUCGUGGCAGUGCGGGAAGUAGGUAGGAAAUGUAUCCAUUUCCUGCAGGAAGUUGCCUUGCAUUGGGUUGUUGAAUCGGAAAACGGCCUCAAGGUUAACCAUCGCUCACGUAAGCCCACGCAAGGGCUCGUACCAGUUCGAGUCAGGAACCAUUUUUCAACAUCCUCCCACCGGAAGACGACCUUUGCCGGACGAUGCCAUCGAUGCCAUUUUCCGAUUAUAGGCGCCCGCUUUGUCGUCUUCGCCAAUGGAACGAGGACAGCAUCGCAACACAACAGUGACGGCUUGCGCGUGGCGAUAGUACCCGUACCCCUGGGACUCCGGUCCUCGUGAAGUCCUCGAAUAGCGGCAAAGUCACGCUAAAUUCCGCAAAUUAUACAAACCAAGCGCUGCUUCAGCGGCAGCAACGCGAACGAUGGAUUGGAUUAUCAACGAUGAGCUCGGGCUCACGGUGGGCCAUCUCGUCGGCUGGACGUCGGCCUCGUUCAUGGUGGUCGGCGGAGUUCUACCCUACAUUCCGCAGUAUCGCCAAAUCAAGCAGACCCAGGAUCCUGAGGGCUUCUCGCUGCACGUUUGUCUCGCCCUGCUGAUUGCCAACACGCUGCGAAUACUGUUCUGGUUUUCCAGUCGCUAUGAGCUUCCGUUGCUGGUGCAGAGCGUCGUGAUGAACAUAACCAUGUUCCUGAUGAUACACCUGUGCGUGAAGGUCCGCCGCAACAACGCCAUCAUGCGUACGAGGGAGCGCGUCUUUUCAGGAGACGACACGGCGGCCGGCGUGGUCGAGGCGCACGGCAAGGGUGGUGAGGGAGGCAUAAUUAACAUUCGCCGCUCGUCCAGCACCAAUCUGACCGCCACCGGGAGUGGUAUGCCGGCCACCAGCCACAACACGACCACCAGCAUCGGCAUCGGUUCGGCGCUCGUGACGCAACCGCCACCGGCAACGACCGCAGGUGGCGCGGGAGGACCCCUGAAGAAGUCUCGAUCCCGCCACUACAUCUACGACUUUGAUUCACGCUACUUCUGGCAGUGGACGGACUUCCAGUCCUACGUGGACUUUAUGCUAGUGGUCUGGGCGGUCGGCGCGGCCGUCACGUACCUGCUGCUUUCUGUUACCUGGUUCAUGGAGACAAUCGGCUUUCUGGCCGUCUUUACUGAAGCAAUGCUUGGCCUUCCACAGUUCGCGAGGAACUACAAGAAUAAGUCCACCCAUGGGAUGAGCAUUUGCAUGGUGAUCAUGUGGACCGCUGGUGAUAUGUUUAAGACUGGUUAUUUUAUCUUAAGGCACGCGCCAACGCAAUUCUGGAUCUGUGGCACGCUGCAGGUCAGUCUUGAUCUGGCCAUUUUGUUGCAGGUGUACAUUUACCGUAAAAAUCCAGCGCCCCGUAACACGCAUCGUGGCGAUUAGCAGUUUGCCCCCCAAAAUACGACUAUUCAAG